AUGGCAGACAACCAUCCUGCAAAACGUAUAAAAUUAUCCCCUGGUGCCCAAGCAGACACCAGUAACGACUCUCUUGAAUCCGAUAUCCAAGGGUUGGCAUCACUGCGCCGAUCUGUCACCCCUCCACCCUCCCGAAAUCGAAGCAGAUCCCAAUCCCACUCCGCUCCACCUUGGUCUUCCAAAGAAGUAGACGAAAGUACUCAGAAACCACAGGUAGUGCCAUCACCUAUCCAGCUCACCCACAUCCGCGAUCUAUCCGCAUUCUCAGGAAACAAUGUGGACACGGUCCGGUUGCGCGAUAUCCUUGGAGAUCCCAUGAUCCGCGAAUGCUGGCAGUUUAAUUAUUUGCACGAUGUAGACUUUAUGUUGAAUCAGUUUGAUGAAGACGUGAGGCGCUUAGUGAGGGUGAAAGUUGUGCAUGGGUCUUGGAAAAGGGAUGCUCCUAACAGAGUGAGGAUAGAUGAAGCAUGUUCUCGGCAUCCGAAUGUGGAGGCUAUAGUUGCCUAUAUGCCAGAAGCUUUCGGGACACACCACUCCAAGAUGAUGAUUCUACUUAGACAUGAUGACCUUGCACAGGUUAUUAUUCACACCGCAAAUAUGAUCCCCGGUGACUGGGCCAAUAUGUGUCAGGCUGUCUGGCGGUCUCCCCUGCUACCCCUGCAAAAGACAGAUGGUGGGCAAGGAGACCUCGAGUUAGGCAGCGGUGCACGGUUUAAGAGAGACUUGCUGGCAUAUUUAACUGAGUAUGGAUCCAAAAAGACGGGUCCGCUUGUUGACCAGCUUAAGAAGCACGAUUUUAGAGCUAUUCGAGCUGCCCUAGUAGCCAGUGUGCCUUCAAAGCAGAAGAUCAACAGUCUCGACUCACAACGGAAGACACUAUGGGGAUGGCCCGCAUUGAAAGACACCAUACGCCAUAUCUCUCUAGCUCAGAAGAGCAAUAAAAACGCUACACCACAUAUCAUUAUUCAGAUGUCAUCUGUCGCCUCGCUAGGCCAGACAGAUAAGUGGCUGAAAGAUGUCCUCUUUGCGUCCCUCUCACCACAAUCAUCUAGUCAGCAUCCAAAGUACUCGAUCAUCUUCCCAACAGCUGACGAAAUUCGCCGUUCCCUGAACGGCUACGGCUCCGGCGGAUCAAUCCACAUGAAGCUCCAGAGCGCACUGCAGCAAAAGCAACUACAGUAUAUGCGGCCCUACCUUCGACAUUGGGCAGGCGAUCAUGACGCAGUAGGGCUAAGUAAUACUCCCAAGCAAGACGCUGGCCGUCGUCGAGCUGCACCGCACAUCAAAACGUAUAUCCGUUUCUCUGAUGCGGAGAAAAUGGACACCAUUAACUGGGCAAUGGUUACAUCGGCCAAUCUCUCCACGCAGGCGUGGGGAGCAGCAGUCAACACCACAGGUGAAGUGAGGAUUUGUAGCUGGGAGAUCGGAGUCGUCAUAUGGCCCCAACUAUACGCCGAAGGCACUGAGUCAGCCACGAUGGUCCCUUGUUUCAAACAAGACGUCCCAAACACACGUGAAAGCGGAGGCAACAAUACAAUAGCAGACGUAGUGGUCGGCCUGCGAAUGCCCUACGACCUCCCCCUAACACCAUAUGCAGCACACGACACCCCCUGGUGCGCAACAGCGACACACACAGAACCCGACUGGCUCGGACAGACCUGGACAACCGGCUAA